AUGAAACGAGCAGCAGCGUCCCUUGUACCGAAGAUCAAUAUUCUUACAUGCAUAUCCCAGGUCGACAUCCCCGCGUGCUUUGACAAAAUGAAAUCAGUGGAAGACUUCGAACAAAUGAUCACACGAGGAACCCCCUUUACCCUGGCAGACCUGCCAGCAUAUAUUGAUGCACUGAAGAACCUCAAGUCUGGGAUCAAUGACCGGGAAUUUUUGCUAGAAAAACUCUUGAUAUUGAUGUCGCGCCUUCCCGACGACUCAGUCUUCGCUAAGGAACUUCAGAUUUCCGCGAUCGAUAUCCUUUAUAAGGACCUUCCUCACCCGCCUUGCAGCUUCUUGAAGACUCCUGUAACGACACCUCUGUCCAGCUUCAGCAGCGUGCCAUAUGUCUUCCGUAGUGCUGAUGGCUCUAAUUAUUCGAUGUCCGCGCCGAACCUUGGUCAAGCAGGCCAACCAUAUGCGCGAUCUGUGCCUUCCACACACGUUUCGUCGCGUCAUCCGUUACCAGAUCCAGGAGAGGUAUUUGAUACCCUUCUGCGUCGCCCCCAGAAUGACUUCGUCCCCCAUCCUGGGGGCCUCUCCAGUUUAUUCUUCGCAUUUGCAGAUCUCGUCAUUCACAGCAUAUUUGAUACGAACUCCCACGAUUGGACGAUUAACAACGCCAGCAGCUACCUCGACCUGAGUAUCCUAUAUGGGAACAACGAAGAGCAGGUCGACAGCAUACGCAAGAAGGACGGAACCGGUCACAUUUGGGAAGAUGUAUUUGCUGACAAGCGUCUCUUGUUCAUGCCCCCCUCCGUGGGUGCCCUUGCAGUCCUAUUCAGUCGUCACCACAAUUAUAUUGCAAACAAAAUCUUUAGCCUCAACGAGCGAGGGACAUUCGUACCAAAUCCAGCGACUCUUCCAGAAGCGGAACGCACUGCCCAAUGCGAUGAGAUCUUUCACCGUGCUCGACUGGUCAAUACAGCGUUCUUCAUGCAGAUCAUCUUAACGGACUAUGUUGGAGGCAUUCUUGGCCUUAUCAGAGAUGGAUUGACUUGGCGAUUAAAUCCACUUCAGGGGUUUCGCGAGCAAACGCAUGAUGUUUCCCAACGAGGAGCUGGGAACGCUGUUUCACUGGAGUUCAACAUGCUUUAUCGUUGGCAUGCGGCGAUAUCGCGUCAAGAUGAAGUGUGGAUUAAACACACUUUCAAAGACAUUCUCCCUGGCAAAGACCCUUCAACUAUCACUGUCAAAGAGUUCAAGGCUGCCGUCCGCGAGGGUAGUGCUAAAAUGCCCGGCAUUCGUAGCUGGACAUUUGGCGGUCUUACCCGUGAGGAGGAUGGUCGAUUCAGCGACGCCGAUAUUGCCCGUGUUUUACAGGACGCAACGGCCGACAGGGCUUGUGCCUUUCGUGCGAGGGGUGUUCCAGCCGUGAUGCGAAUUGUGGAGAUUUUGGGUAUGGAGCAGGCACGAGCCUGGGGUGCUUGUUCACUGAACGAAUUUCGUCGCUUCAUUGGCUUGAAACCAUACAAAAGCUUCAGCGAAUGGAAUCCCGAUCCAGAGAUUCAUAUCGCAGCCGAACGCUUGUACGGGGAUAUUGAAAACCUGGAACUGCAUGUGGGCCUGCAGGCUGAGGAAACAAAACCUCCCAUUCCUGGUGCUGGCCUUUGCCCUGGAUACACCAUCUCACGUGCCAUCCUCGCCGAUGCUGUAUGCUUGACCCGUGGAGACAGGUUUCUUACAGUAGACUUCACUCGUGAGUCAACUGAUUCUCAGGCCUAUACAUCAUUCGUCGAUACUGAGCUUCUCAUGGUAGCAUUCAACUUGACAACAUGGGGUUACGAGCAUUGCAUGGUCAACAAAAUGGAUGGAUCCUAUGGUGGCAUGCUCACCAAGCUUCUCUUUCGCAUGCUCCCUGAUCACUACCCCGCGGGCUCAGUCUACGCUCACUUUCCUUUCCUGACCCCAAAGUUCCUUGCCUCGAGCAUGGCCAAGGUGCCACGUAGUGCCGAAAUCCGACAUCUCUACGAUUGGGACUGGCCAGCUGCGUUUGCGGCUGCUGAUAUGGACGUUAUCAGAGACUAUGGGCGUCGACUUUCGAACUUACACAUGCCUCCCAGGGUACGGAACGAAGCGAUCAGAAAGCCUAUCUCUGAUAAAGUUUCUGAAUACACUGCGUCCACUUCGCAUUUUGCGCGCCUUACAAGUGAGCUGAUACGCAAGAGACGCGAAGUUGAUGAGCACGUUGACAUAAUUGAAAUCCUGAACCUCCUUCCUGUUUAUUGGGUGGGCGACAUCAUGGUUGGAUUACCAUUGAUGGACAAAUCAUCGUCGCAAAUGACUCCAGAAUUUUGGUACAAAGCCUUUUUCACCAUUACACGCUACUUGUACUUGAAUAAAGAUCCUGCUUCCGACUGGACUCUUUGCCAGGAAGCCAUGCGCUCUACCCAGUUAAUCAAGAUAUACCUUGAGAGCCAUUUGAAAAGACUCUCUGAUGGCAUCAUUUCAGUCAAUGGUAUAUGUGAUCUUUUGUUUUCAAACCACUUGUCUUCGCAUAAAGGUGAAGUGUUCCUCUCGGAGGUUCUCAAAGUCACACCACGGGCUUCGAUAGAGGAGAUAGCAUUGUGUUUGUUCGAGGAGAUCAUCCCUUCUGCGGCCUUGUUCUCCGCAGUCAUCGCUUCUGUGGUGAAGUACUACAUGCACGCUCAAAACGAGGACUACUCCGACUUUACUUCUGGUUGUCAAGACAAAGGGUCAGAACAGUCCCCAGCCGUUCUGCGGUAUAUCUGCAAAGCACUCAAUCUGGACAUCGACAUGAUGUCGAAUGACGAGUCACCUGUCUUGCGUAUCACUCUCGAUGGCCAAGUUAUUGCCCUUCCAGAGCAAACUGGCCUUUUGUCCUGGAACGUCUUCUCAAAGAUCGCACCUGGAAUCAUCUGCAGUAUCUUCCGCGCAGGUUCUAUUCGUCGUCCUCAAAUCACCACUCAUAGUAACGGGGCGCGCGUUGACGCAGAGCAAACACCGAGGUUCACCGACAUCUCCAUACCCACCUCAAUGGUCGUUGAGUAUGAUGUUUAAUAUGGAACUACGGACGCCCAAUUCUCGUCACUGUAUUACAAGACUCGGACACCUACACUACACGUAUUACCACCACUCGUACCGUUUUAGAGAAAUCGGUUUGUAAUAUAU